CGGCCGGGGCCCUGGCUUUUACUUUUAGGGCUGGGGCGGCUCCAGGGACCGGUCCGCUCCGGUGAAGUCCGCCGAGCGUCAGGACCAGGGGUGUCGGAGGAGGCCGCCGCGAACCUCUCACCUUCGACCCCCGCUGAAGCGGCCUCGGAGCCGGCGGCGUCUGCCAGACCCUCGGCGGGCUGCGCGCGACCGCCCCGGUUCAGUCUGGGGCUGCGGCGGGAACCGCCGAACUGGCUGGACGGGUCCUUUUUUCUGAAGACCCGGCGGAGGAGAAGAGGCAGCGCGACCGGCUCGCCUCCCGAGCCCCGAGGUCAGGCCGCGGGCUCCGGGGCUCCUCGGCUGUGGUCUCCCGUCCUUGCCCCCGCGUUCCCGGCCGGAGGAUCCGCGACCUCGCCCGCGCCGCCCGGCUGCUCCUCCGAGUGUGGCAACGAGCCCUCUGGCGGGGUGAUCUGUCCUCCUUGUUCUUGCUCGGGAGAGGCAGCUAUCCGAAGGGGACCUGUGCUCUUUAAAAGUUUGAACCGAAGUGGAAAUGCGUGUCCUCGUUUUCUGGACCGCUGACGGUUUCCACUCUAGCCGCGGUCUGAGAUCACAUUCAGAGUAAAAAAAAAAAAAAAAAAAAAAGCAAGAGAGAAAGAAACGGGGAAAGUACCUCUAAGAGCCCUCUGCAGGAGAUUCCUCUCGCCCGAGAAGGGCAGAUGAACUUUGGAGUUAAGAUGCAGGGAGGUGAGCCGGCACCAGUCCUGAAAGCCUCGGAGAGUGAAGGGAAGCUGGAGGGCCUGGCCACCGCGGUGACCCCGAACAAGAACAGCAGCAACAGCAGCUGUGGGGGUGCCAUCAGCAGUAGCAGCAGUAACAGCAGCCGCGGUGGCAGUACGAAAGGCUGGCAGUACAGCGACCACAUGGAAAAUGUUUAUGGCUAUUUAAUGAAGUACACCAACCUCGUCACUGGGUGGCAGUAUAGGUUUUUUGUUUUAAACAAUGAAGCUGGGCUAUUGGAGUACUUUGUGAAUGAACAGUCUAGAAAUCAGAAACCCAGAGGUACUUUGCAGCUUGCAGGCGCUGUGAUCUCGCCCAGCGAUGAGGACUCCCACACCUUCACAGUGAAUGCUGCCAGCGGGGAGCAGUAUAAACUCAGAGACAUUACUUUGUUUUUCUCACAGAAUAAUCCUCCCCUGAAGUCACGGAGCUUCUCGCUUGCAUCUAGUGGUAAUUCUCCCAUAUCCCAGAGGAGACCGAGUCAGAAUGCCAUUUCGUUUUUUAAUGUGGGACAUUCCAAACUGCAAUCAGUGAACAAAAGAGCUCAUUUGCAUCCAGACCAUCUUGUGGAAGUCAGAGAAAUGAUGACUCAUGCAGAAGGACAACAACGAGACCUGAUUAGACGGAUCGAAUGCCUUCCUGCUUCUGGCCUUCUUAGUUCUUUGGACCAGGACCUCUUGAUGCUCAAAGCUACUUCCAUGGCAACGAUGAACUGCUUAAACGACUGCUUCCACAUUCUCCAGCUGCAGCACGCGUCCCAUCAGAAGGGCUCGUUGCCCCCAGGAGCAACCAUUGAGUGGUUGGAACCAAAGAUACCUUUAUCAAACCACUAUAGGAAUGGAGCUGAGCAGCCCUUUGCACCUGAGCCGAGUAAGCCCAUGGCCGUCCCGGAAGCACAGUCUGCCGCAGAGUCUGGAGCAGUAGCAAGGGAACCCGAAGAGAUUGAUGCAGAUGAUGAGCUCGAGGACACCUGUGACAACAAGGAGGACGACCUGGGGGCGGUGGAGGAGCAGCGCAGCGUCAUCCUGCAUCUCUUGUCACAGCUCAAGCUGGGCAUGGACCUAACGAGAGUGGUGCUGCCUACAUUUAUCCUGGAGAAGCGCUCCUUAUUGGAGAUGUAUGCAGAUUUCAUGUCUCAUCCAGACCUGUUCAUAGGCAUUACCAAUGGAGCCACGCCCGAGGACCGGAUGAUUCGCUUCGUUGAGUACUACCUUACCUCAUUUCACGAAGGCCGAAAGGGAGCCAUUGCUAAGAAGCCGUACAAUCCUAUCAUUGGGGAGACUUUCCACUGCUCCUGGAGGGUGCCAAAGGGUGGAAUGGCAUCCGGUUUGAGUGGCAGCUCUUGCACCUCCACCGUCACAAAUCAUGCUCCUCUGCCAGAGGAUGUUCUAGCCCAGGGGGUCUCAGACUGUUACACUGUCAGAUUUGUCGCUGAGCAAGUUUCCCAUCAUCCUCCAGUCUCAGGAUUUUAUGCAGAAUGUACAGAAAGGAAGAUGUGUGUAAAUGCACACGUCUGGACUAAAAGCAAGUUCUUAGGCAUGUCCAUAGGUGUGACAAUGGUCGGAGAAGGUGUCCUUAGUCUGCUGGAACAUGGAGAGGAAUACACAUUUUCACUGCCGUGUGCGUACGCCCGGUCCAUUCUUACUGUUCCUUGGGUAGAACUAGGUGGCAAAGUCAGCGUCAACUGUACAAAGACGGGAUACUCAGCCAGCAUCACUUUUCACACUAAGCCGUUUUAUGGUGGCAAACUGCACCGCGUCACAGCUGAAGUGAAGCACAACGUUUCCAACACUGUGGUGUGCAGAGUACAGGGGGAGUGGAACAGUGUUCUGGAGUUCACCUACAGCAAUGGCGAGACCAAGUGCGUGGACCUGACUAAGCUGGCCGUGACGAGGAAGAGAGUGAGGCCUCUGGAGAAGCAGGAUCCCUUCGAGUCCAGACGAUUAUGGAAAGAUGUAACAGAUUCUCUGAGGGAAUCUGAAAUUGACAAGGCCACAGAGCACAAACGUGCCUUGGAAGAACGGCAGAGAACUGAAGAAAGACAUCGGACUGAAACAGGCACACCCUGGACAACCAAGUAUUUUAUUAAAGAGGGAGAUGGCUGGGUUUAUCACAAACCCCUCUGGAAAGGAAUUCCAUCACAGCCAGCAGAGUGACACAUGCUUUCUGAGACUGGACCAAAUGAGGGUCUCCUGUAUCCCCAAGCCCUCUCAGACAAGUCGUUGCACUGAGUGACCUGCCUCCUAAUUGCACAGCCUGAAACUAGCUGAACACGAAUGUACCUACUCGAGCUCAUCACCCCGCAGCAAGACCAAAGUGUUCAGGACACGUGAUGGGCCUCUCGGCAGCCUGUUCACCAACGUGAGCAAUACCAUCUUAGAGCCUUCCACCCCCCAGUACGUGUGUCAUCUUAUAUCUGCUCGAGCCCCUGUUUGUGCGGGGCGGCAGAGGACAGCAGUGAGAACUCAGCGACUCUGGUUCCUUUGUAGUGAAAAGUCAGGUCCCUUGCAGAGUCCACACUGAAGUCCUCACUGCUCUUCCAGACCAAGAGGGAGAAUAGCGGGACCUACAAGUGGAUCGCGCCAUUGUGCCUGAAGUCAGUGUUCACAUCCCAAGGCCUCUUCCUUCGGAGGCUGUGCCUGCGCCCGAUGAAGCCCAUCACUUGCUCUGUUGGAACUCUCUUUUAAAAGGGUAUUUAUAAUUAGAAUUGUAACCAUGGAGGAAUUUUUUCUUCUAAGCAUUUUAAUAUACUUGAAAACAACAUUGACUUGAAAAAUUUCAGAACAUUUUUCAAUACCUAGUUUUAUUAAAUAUUACACUUAAGAGACAAUUUUUUAAAAUAUGUUCAUGUCAAUAUGAGAUUUUGGCCUUUCUCAAGAACUAAGGCAUUAAAAAAAAUAGCAAAUACUAAAAAACAAAGCUGUUACUUUUUCCGUACCUCUUCUCAUUUGUAGGUUCGUAUUCAGUAUUAUGUGCUCUCCUGAGUAAGUUUGCUUUAUCUGACCUCUGUUCACUCAAAAGUUAAAACUAAAGCCUGUUCAUGUCUGUCAGUAAUUCAAUUAUGUCCGUGACUGAGUGCACGCAAAGUAGGGUUUAUUCCAUUUCCAAGGAAAUCUAGAAGCUGAGGAAAGUGAGAUAGAGGCAGGAAUGUGCACUCAGGUAGAAAUUGGGUUUUUAUUGAUAUUUUAGUGGGGUUGAAGAAUUGCCGGCCAUGAACAGAGUAGUGCUAAUUAUGGUUUCAUUUGAGUGUUUGCUGAGCGCCCCCUCGUGGUGCUGGCCGUUACUGCAAGCUCCCUUCACUGUCCCAGAGUGGUGCCUUACCCUGCUCCUGCCCGUGGUCUUCCAGCUGGUGUGCGGAAGGAGCGCACACCUGUCACUCAGCCGCCGAGCCAGGCGGCUGUGGCUGUGCUCUGAGAACCUCUUUCUUUAGAAGGGUUAAAAGGAUGAAAACAGCAACAAUGAUUUUUUUUUCAGCAAAUUGUAAAUUAAAAGAAUUGGUUUGUGUACAACCAUUUUAAUGAUUCCCUUUUCAUUUUUGCUGUGAAGUGCACUGAAAAAAGAAAUCUCAAAAUGAGCUAUAGUUCAUGUGUUGGGAAAAUUGAAAAAUAAUAAAAAUAGAGAACAGCAA